UUCGGUUUGACUGGUCAAACCAUAGCCUCGCACUUGUGAGAGUCGCAGAGUUAGGCUCUGGUUGUUAGACGGUCAGGGGUUAAAAGUUCAUCAUUUCCUAAAAUUACUUAGUGUUGAGUUGAUAGAAAGGUGGUCACAGCUAUGUUGUCCACCCUGAGGAAGCUCUUCUGCUUUAAGAAGGAGCCGAAAACCCCCUUGGGGUUUUGUGACGGCCCAAGCAGGGCAACGGGAUCCUUGUCCUGCUUUCACUGUGGAACUGAAGACAGGUACCGCCAGCCUUAUGACCCUGAAAAUGAAUUUCAUGAGGCAGUAUGCAUGGGAAAGCUCAAAGUGGUGGUGCGUCUCCUCAGGAAGAACCAAUUUCAUGUGAAUGAUGAGGAUGAAGGGAAACGAACUGCGCUCCACUUUGCAUGUUUUUAUGGCCAUAUCAAUCUGGUUUGUUUACUGUUAUUUAAGGACUGUGAGAUUAAUGCCCUUGACAAUCAAAUGUCCACACCACUAAUGAAGGCUGUACAAAGCAGGGAGACAGAGAUCGUGUUUGUCCUACUUGAUCAUGGAGCAGAUCCCAAUAUUAAAGACUGCAAUGGAGAAGCAGCAAUCCACCAUGCAGUGUAUGUAGACAGGCCAGAUAUUGCCAGCAGUCUUCUUGAAUUUGGGGGAAACAUUGAAGAUACUACAAAGGAUGGGUUGACCCCUCUGCUGCUAGCACUCCGAGAAAGGAAACACCGCAUGGCAGCAUACCUAAUCACACACGGUGCGAAUCUUCACGUAUGUGAUAAAUAUCAAAGAACAACACUCAUGUAUGCUGUUAGAUGGGAUUGUGAAAAUAUGGUUGAAAUUUUACUGAAGAAAGGUGUUGAUCACCAGUUAAAGGACACAUUUGGAUGGAGUGCUCUUUAUUAUGCCAUUAUGGGGAAACGCAAAACAAAAAUGGUGAUUAUUCAGCACGACUUACUCCUCUGGAGACAACAAAAUACCUUCACACGAAAUCAGCCUGAAGAUGUCUUUUUAUCGGGACAUCACUUUGAAUCUGAGUCACUGAUUUCCGUGUGUGCAACAAUGGAGGACACAGCUAAUUUGAAAACUCAGCAAGAUAUUCCUGAGAAUAGUCUGAAAAUUGGUGUGGAUGACUUACCAAUAGCUUCCAAACAAUAUGAAAACGUAGAAGAACAAGAAGAAGAACUAGAAUUAGAAACAAUACCGGAUUUAAAACUGGAAAAUGAAAAUGCUUAUAAUAAGAAUGAAGACUAUCAAAAGUUGAAAGCUGCCCAGUCAUCCAACAUAGGAAAUGGUCUAGAAGAAAAUGAAAUAAUUCAAGUUUGGGCUGAAAAAUGUCCACACCCAGAGCAGAGGGAUUAUUCUCAUCGAAUUUCCAAACCCAAGUCUGAAACACAGCAAUCUCAAGCAGUGUGGGCUGAAAAAUGUCCUCACUCAGAGCUGAGGGAUUAUUCACGUCCAGUCUACAAACCUGAGUCUCUACCACACCAAUCUCAACCAGAUAUAAUAUUUUCAGAAGAACUAGAAGAAGAAAUAACAGAAUUUAAAGUGGAAAAUGAGAGAAGUUUUGAUAAGAGUGCAGAAAAUCAAGAAUUUAGUGUGUCUGACCCUAAUGGACCACAGGAAUCUUCUACAACAGGUCCCAACUCAUCCAAAAUGGACAAUGAUGCAGAAAAAAAUGUAAUAAUGCAUCAAGAGAGAACAUCUGUCAUGGAAGACCAAGAGCAUGCCUUAGAAGAGCAGAAGCAGCACAGUGCUAGAAAAACUAAGCGGCCAUUUAUUGAUGCUAUAAGAGCAUGCUUUUGUGCAUGUUUCACCAAAAAACGGAGCUCUUCUUCCCACUACAAGAAAUAGAAGAGAAAACUUAAAAAAGUGAUGAACUUGGACAAGCCUACGACAAUUGCCUGACAACUUCUCCGACCAUCCACAAUAAGACAACUCAGGAGAAAAUCUGUCUCUUCUCCAAUAAUUGCUUCAAGAAAAAGCACAUUUUUAUUUUAUGUUUUAGAAUAAUAUAGUAUUAUAUUACAUAAUCUUCAGUGUUAUUUUCACCUAUUUAUUUUGUUUUAUUAUGUUAUACUAUAUUACACUAUUAUAUUAUCUUCAGUUUUUAUUUCCAUAUGUUUAUCUUGUUUUACUAGAUUAUGUUAUAUUAUGUUAAUAUGUUAUGCUAUCUUCAGUGUUUAUUUUAUAUUUACCUUCCUUCCCUUGAUGUAAAUAGUUCAUGUAUAUGUGUAUAUAUGUAUAUAUGUUUAUAUGUAUAUAUGUUUAUGUGCUUUGUAAUAUAUUUUUAGAAGAUAUCAUUUUUGAAUGUACAAAGUUAUUGAAUAAUUAAUAAUUAAUAAUAAUUAAAUGAUAAUUUAAUUACCCAUUCAAA